CUUAUAGUUUAUGCCUUUUUAUAUUCUGUCUCCAUCUAUUUUCAAGGUUUCCAGCCACAUGUCUAAGAGGAUUAUCACAAAAUGUGUAAGCGUGAAUGAAAGGUUGAAAUUCAUUUUGUUACAAAAUAAGAAAAGUAUUACAGAAAACAGAAUUCACUAACUUGUGAAAUAUUCAUAAUUGACAGAUUGACAUUAAUCUGUUUAACUUAUUUUCAUUAUUCAAAAUUACGGAAAUAAAUACCAUAAAUUGUGUUACACAAUUUAGGCAACAUACAAUUGAUGCACAUUAUUGACACACCAAUAUAAUUAUUACAAAUAUAUAUAUAGCCCAUUGAUUAAAUUUUCAAGAAAAAUGGAAAAUAUUGAUUUAAUGUCGAGCAAAGUUGGUUUUAUUGGAGGUGGGAAUAUGGCAAGUGCCAUUGGUGCUGGUUUAAUUCAUAAAGGCAUUUUAAAUCCACACAAUGUUUGGGUUUCUGCUCGUACAGACAGAACUUUAGGUUUUUGGAUAGAUUUAGGUGCUCAUGCCACAUUAAGAAAUGGAGAAGUAGUAGAUAAUUGUGAAAUCAUAUUUUUAGCUAUGAAACCACAUAUGCUUAAUGAUGCACUUCAGGGUAUACAAGCAACAAUAAAAAAGAAAACUGCAGAAAAGCUUUUUAUUUCAGUACUUGUAGGAGUUACAUUAGAAACAUUAAUGAAUAAAUUGAAAUUAGUUGUAACACAUCCUCGUAUUAUUAGAUGUAUGCCUAAUACUCCAAUGAUGGUUGCAGAAGGAAUAACAGUAUAUUGUUCUAUGAAUACAACUGAACAAGAUGAAAGUACAGUAGGAGCAUUAUUUUCAUAUAUUGGAGUAAGUGAAAGUGUUCCUGAAUCUCUUAUAAAUGCCAUAAGUGCACUUUCAGGUUCAGGUCCUGCCUAUGCAUAUCUUAUUAUAGAAGCAUUGGCAGAUGGUGCUGUAAAAAUGGGUGUUCCAAGACCUAUGGCAACAAAAUUUGCAGCUCAAGUAUUAGUAGGAGCUGGUAAAAUGGUUCUGGAAACAGGUAGACAUCCUGGUCAGUUAAAAGAUGAAGUAUGUUCUCCAGGAGGUACAACUAUUACAGGAAUUCAUGCUCUGGAAUGUGGUCAAGUAAGAGCAUCAAUGAUGAAUGCAAUUGAAGCUGCAGUAAAGAAAGCCAAUGAAUUGACCUCCAAAAUAAAGUGAAGGUUAAUAAAAAAAUAUAUUAAGGAGAGGGAAUAAAUAUAUAAUAUUUAUAAUUUAAGGGGAAAAUAUAUGUAUAUUUUUUUAAAUAUUUUAGUAUUUUACACUAUGUUUAUUUUAAAAAUUUAUUUGUGCUGGAAAAUAUAAACAGUAUAAAGAAAUAGUUCUAUAGCAGUCAAAUAGAAAAUAUAAUUUAAUUCUCAAA